AUGCCACCUCGCAAGAACGAAGGCACCAAGGGCAAGGGUGCUAAGCGUCUCAAAGUCACGCACACUCCAGUCUCGGAUGCGAAUGACACUGAAUCUUCACCGGCCUCUCAUCAGGACACUCAACCUGCAUCGCACAGCACUCUGGGAAAGAGGAACCGUCCCGUCAUCCCAGACUCUGAUGAUGAGUCGGUCACUGAGUACGAGAUCGAAGACGUAAACCAAGCUCUAUCGCAUCUUCAAAUCACCUCGAACGACAGUAUCAGCUCGAAGACGGUCGGUUUGGUGCUACCACUUCCACGCCAGCAGAUUGACAUAGCCUGUUACUCCAGCAAGGUCUUUCACCUCCCCUUUGCCCAGGUACUCGUCGAAAAGGGCUACGCCGUUCUGAUCGAUACCAUAUACAGUCAGGAGAAGGAGCAGGGAGGCAACACGCACGGUCUCAUGUACUUGGGUUGGAGACAGAGACUACGCUACCUCUUCGCCAGUGUCCCUUUGAAUGUCCUACGGUACACCCUGGACGGUUCGCUGGCCCGUCGCGAUCUCAGCGAGACAGAUCCAGAUAUCGUCAAGCACUUCCGUCCGGAUAGUCCGUGGCAGAUGCGUACUUUGGAGAAGUUCGCACCGGCGAUCUAUGUUCGCCCCUUUGUCGAUGACCGUGGAGAAUCGCCCACGCCAAGACAGUUUUGCCAAGUCGCUCAAAUUCUGUUCGGAUACGCUUAUGGUCUGGACCUGGACAUGGCCCUCCGCAUCGACGCGGCCCUCCAUCCUUCUCAACAGCCAUCGACUCUGGAAGGGCUCAAAGAGGGUCGCCACUACUACCUAGCGUGCUCACAGAAACGUGCUCUGAAGGUGGCAACGUGGUGUCACGCCAUCAUGGAGUUAGCCGAUGUGCAGACGCCCGAGGACCAAAAGGACACACCUAUGAAACAACCUCGAGUUCACUGUGGCUACACCAAGAACAUCUCAUAUCGCAAGCGGCAGUACGACAAGCACCAGUCCACGACUUGGCUCGCCCUUCUUGUCGAAUCAGCGUUUCGUGUCCUGUUCCCGGGGACAACAUACCGAUGUCGCAUGUAUCCCAUCUGUUUCCUAGGGUUCGAGUACGAGGUGCUACUAGCUGAGCAGGCUAUGACGUGUUGCACACAUGCGGACUACAAAUACGGUGGGUUCUGUGUCGUACCCGCUGGUCAGUGUUCCUCUGCAGAGCUGUUGGGGUACAACGAUGCUACCAACGGCAAGACAUGGGAAGAGCUCAACCUCUGGCGCGAUGAGUACACACCUACUUUGGCCAAUCAGAUCUACGAUAACGCCCUGCGCAACCCCGACCGUGACCCGGACGAGUACCCGCCGUUACCGGGGUUCGAUGCUGCCGAGGCUGGAGCGGCUAACACGGAUGAUGCCGAGGUGGGUCUUGCUGCGCUCGCUAUCGUGGACCAGUAG